CGCACACGCACGCACAGUCGCGCUCAGCGGGGCGGGAGCGAUCGCGCUCACUCGGAGGAGGCGGCUGGCGGUGGCACCGGCACCGCUGAGGAGUGGACCCCGGCGGCAGGGGGGGGACGACUCCGCCUCUCCCGCGGGCAGCUCCGCGGGCUGCGCCAUGGUGGCGGCGGAAACUUCCCCUUGAGGGGACGGGCCGGGAGGGGAGCGGAAAGUGGGGAAAGCCCGAGAACUUCCCGUCCGUCCGUCCGCCCGCCCCGCCGGGCUUCGACGCUUCCCUGCUGAGAGAUGUCUGAGGCUCCUGCUCAGUGUUGCAUCAAGCAGGAAAGAAUUUCGUACACACCUCCAGUGAGCCCGGUACCAAAUUACACUUCCUCGACACCACUACAUGUCCCAGUGCCGCGAACGAUAAGGAUGGAGGAAGACGCGAUCAGACUGCCAGCACACCUGCGUUUGCAGCCUGUUUACUGGAGCAGGGAUGAUGUGGCACAGUGGCUCAGGUGGGCAGAGAAAGAGUUUUCCUUGAGGCCGAUUGAGAGCAGCACUUUUGAGAUGAAUGGCAAGGCUCUGCUGCUUCUGACCAAAGAGGACUUUCGAUACCGGUCUCCUCAUUCAGGUGAUGUUUUGUAUGAACUCCUUCAGCAUAUCCUGAAGCAAAGGAAAGCUCGUAUGCUCUUCACACCUUUCUUCCACCCUGGGAACUCAAUCCAUGCUCAGCCCGAGGUCAUCUUACACCAGAAUCACGAUGAAGAUAACUUUGUCCAGAGGCCCUCAAGACCACCCACAGAAACGGUCCACCACAACCCCCCAACCAUUGAACUGUUGCAUCGUUCUAGAUCACCCAUCACCAACAACCACCGUCCGUCACCAGAUCCCGAUCAGCGGCCACUGAAGUCCCCUAUGGACAGCACUAUCCGUCGCCUUUCCCCAGCUGACAGGGUGCCAGGGAUAAGGCAUCAGCACGAGAACAGCCAGCAGGAGCCCUAUCCUCUCUCAGUGUCCCCAGUAGAAAACAACCACUGCCCACCUCAUUCCGAGGUACUCCAGAAGCCCUCCAGCCCUCGCCAGGAGAACACCAGGGUCAUCCAGCUGAUGCCCAGCCCUAUUAUGCAUCCUUUGAUACUGAACCCCAGGCACUCCGAUUUCAAACCACCAAGGUUGUCUGAGGAUGGGCUUCACAGGGAGGUAAAGCCAAUCAACUUAUCCCACCGAGAAGAGUUAGCUUAUAUGAACCACAUCAUGGUGUCUGUAUCCCCUCCUGAGGACCAUGCGAUGCCAAUUGGAAGAAUAGCAGACUGUAGGUUGCUUUGGGAUUAUGUUUAUCAGCUGCUUUCUGACAGCCGGUACGAAAAUUUCAUCCGAUGGGAAGAUAAGGAAUCCAAAAUAUUUCGGAUAGUGGAUCCCAACGGGCUGGCCCGGCUGUGGGGAAACCACAAGAACAGAACAAAUAUGACUUACGAGAAAAUGUCCAGAGCCCUACGCCACUACUACAAACUAAAUAUUAUCCGGAAGGAGCCAGGACAAAGGCUUUUGUUCAGGUUCAUGAAGACCCCAGAUGAGAUUAUGAGUGGUCGAACAGACCGCCUUGAGCACCUUGAAUCCCAGGAACUGGAUGAACAAAUAUACCAAGAAGAUGAGUGCUGAAGGGAACUGGUGCACCGCCUCUGUGGGUCCGUGGGAGAAACAUCUGCCCGGAUGGCUGGCACUGUUUGGGAGGCGAAGCAGCAACACAGAAGCAGUACUCGGGGUCGCCGCUUAGCUUGAAGAUCAUGCAGGACCUGAAGCACCUUAACAAAACAAACUAGCAGGCUGAAGUGGUGCUGGCAGAAAAGGGGAGAAAGCCUGGACUUACGCACUACUUCACUGUUCCUACAACGUCUCUCCUUGAGUUCUUUCUUUCUUCUUGGUUUGUUUCAGUUUUGGGGUUUUUUUUGUUGUUUUUUUCCCUAAUAAACAUGCAGUUUGACUUUCCUUAUCUCA